UAAUCACUCAGAGUUCGUGACUCUCGCAGGAAGUAAAGACUGACCCGAGGCGAUAGCGAACAUUUCACAACGUACACGGAAUAGUACGAUUUGAUGAGCAACAUUCGACGGGUCACCAAGACACUAUCCCAAGGACUUUACUUUUCACCCAGAACAGAGCGUAUUACUCUUCUUCAAGAUGAACAGAUUGAAUGAAACAGAUGAUGUAAAACUCGAACAACAACGCCGUGUUAAUUUUAUCGAAGAGCCAGAAACAAGGGAAUUUUUAAAUGACAGCGUGAUCAACAGUGAGAAAGUUGGCAGCGAAAAGGGCAGUAAAGUUCCUGUAAUACAGCGUGAAGGAGCAACCAUCGCCGAAAGACAAGUGGACCUACAGAACGCUAUAACAUGGGUACGUAAGGAACUUCAAGAACUACAGUUACAAGACAAAAAUCUUGCACGCCAGCUCAUAGCUCUUCGGCAAAGGAUUAAAAAUAUGACGAGAGUCGAGGGAGAUGACAUUCUGAACGAUUCGGAGGUGACAGAAAGCUUCGAUUCGGGAAUCAGUGCAAUGUAAAGUAGGAACGAUUUGCAAACUAAGAUCGUUUACUUUAGGUAUGGAAAUAUUUUCGACGGCUGUGUUUAUCGAAUUCACGUCGAAAGCACCGACAGAUCAAAUAUUUACAUAAAUACGAAAAAUGUUGACACCUUUAGCCAUUCCAUUAAUAACUAGUGAUUUUACGGCCGUCAAAAAGACAAUAUACAACAUUUUGUUCAAUAAUAACAAUUAUAUUUAUUAAUUCAAACAGAAUGAUUGGGAAGAUCACAACCUUUCGUAUGUGGCGAUCAAACUCCGCGUGAUCGAGCUUCUGUGAAUUCCAUGUGAUGUUCUAUACAAGGAGUUCUUAUAUCAGGGUUCGCUAAAAUUUCAAGAUCUGGUUCUAAUCCGCCUAAAGAAAAUUUAAUCGCUGCACAUUUAUAUUCAAUGGUUUUUAAAUAUGUUUAUCGAGAUAAAACAGCCCCCACAAAAGCAAAUCAAUUUGAUGUUGCGUUUAUACAGCUUGGAGAAAAGACGAGUAAUAUUGAUCGAAAUAUUAUGUUACACAGAAACAAAUGAUCAAGCUUUUAAAUUAAUGAAUAAUUCAACGUCAAUUUGAAUGAUCGCUCAAGGUAAUUUUCAUUACCAAGGUAUGCUUCAAAUACAAAUGAAUAAAUAGAUAUUUUAGUUAUAGAAAAUUGUAAUCGGCUAGUUUUGAAAUCGAAAUAAAUAACAGUUUGUCAUGAUUAUUUCCAGCUUUACCUUUAAAAUAUUUUUCAAACCAAAUGAUGUACCGGAUAUGAUUGAGACAUUCGGGAAUUUGGGGUGAAUUUGGUGUCGUCAUACUACAACCGCGUUUAUUUUGUGCGUUCUACAGCUCAACCGCGAACUAACCGCACUACUGAUUCCUGCAAACAGCUUGAGGGUAACAUGAUCGUUUCCAGUUG